AUGAACAUAGAAAGAAUUAAGCAAAUAAGAGAUGUAUUUUCGUAUUCGCGUCGCUUCAAAAAGAAAACAUUUGUUAUUCAUAUAGACGAUGCGUUACUAGACACCGAUAUGGUGGGUUCUUUAUUACAAGAUAUACACCAGUUAGUUGAAUCUGGAAUAUAUAUAGUACUUCUUGCGGGAAUACGAACCACAACAAAGCGUAUGUUCUCGCAAUUUGGGCGUAGCACACAGUUCUUGUGGGAUAGCGCUGUUGUAGUAGAAGAAACAGACAUAGAAUUACUACAAAGUGUAGUGUUUGAAACUACAGGGAAGAUACUUGCAGCGUUUGCAAGUAUGCAACAGGUAGCGGUAGUAGGAAACUGGGCAAGCGCCAGAAGCAGAGGGGUGGUACAUAAUAAAGAUCUUCUCUAUUCAGGAAAACUAGAUAAGAUAGAUAGAACUGCCAUACAGAAACUUUUUGAGAAUAAUGUAGUACCAAUUUUUCCUCCACUAGGAUGGAGUAAACGAAAAAAGCCCUACUACCUUUCUUCUAUUGAGUUGGCGGCCCAAGUGAGCAUUAUUUUAGGGGCAGCAAAACUAAUAUAUGUACAGGAAGAAAGUAACGAAUACCUCUUCGAGGAACUUGCGUUAGAUAAGGAGUCUGAAUUAUCUAAUGUUCCAGUAGAGGGGGGUUCUAUCCGAGUUACCGUGGAAGGGGCGAAGCAGAUACUACAGAAUACUAUCAAAAGUCACAAAGAUGAAACUGGGCAUAUGCUCCAAUCAGCAACCCAAGCAUUAGACAAGGGUGUGGAGAGAGUACACUUACUGGAUGGGACCAUCGAUGGGGUUCUACUGUUAGAAAUCUUUUUUGAUCAAGGAAUAGGGGUUAUGCUGCAUUCCGAUGAAUAUAAAUCCAUCGGCCCCAUCGCAGAAUCUGAUAUAGAGACUGUGUACAACAUUAUGCUUCCUCAUAUCAGAAAAGGAACUCUGCUUUUCCGUGAACCCGAAACUAUACGUAAGCGUAUGCACGACUAUGUAUCCUAUCGUGUAGAUGGUGAGAUAUAUGGCGUGGCAGCAUAUCACAAACUAGACACGCAUUCUGUAGAGAUAGCGGCAAUUGCAAUAAGAGAGCGCUAUGAAAACUUCGGGGUAGGAAGACGCUUAGUGCAGUAUCUGCUAAAAAAAGCACAAAGUGAACGUUAUAACAAUAUCUUCUGUCUCACUCGGUCCAUAGGAGAUUGGUUUGAAGAGUUGGGAUUUAAGCAAGUCGACGCUACACAGCUCCCAAAAAUACGUUACGCUCAAUAUAUCUCUGCUGGAAGAAAUAGCAGGGUAUACCUUUAUAAGAAUUAG